CUUGCAUUAGGAUUUUUUUUUUUAGGAGGUUGAGUCACGCACAAUGUAUUCUCUCUUUCCUCACUUUAUGUUGCGAUCUCCAGACUCCACUUCUCCACUCUCAUUGUUGAGUUUCAGUACUUCAUUUCAUUUUCAUUUGUGGCGAAGACGACAAUGAGGCUGAGUCGUCCAUUAAUUGGUAAUAGCUUUCUUCCUUGCUCUCUCACUUCUUCUUCUUCUUCUUAUUCCCUUUCCCCUUUCUUUUCUGCUUUUUAUUUUCAUUUUCAUUCACGCAAUUAUUACUCCAUUGCAACUCAUGAACAUCGUAAGUUGUUUCUUCAAUCAGUUAAAGAACACUGCAAAUUAGGGUUUUCAAAUCUCAAUUUCCCCCUUUCUCUCUUUCAUCAAAUGACUUCAUUGCGCCCUCUUCCUUCUGUUAUAGAUUUCAAUCAGCUCUUCACUGCCAUUUCCAAAUUGAAACGCCUUCAACCUCACUCUACCCUUAUCUCUCUACUUAGAAACCUUGAAUUGUCAGGUAUUCGACCCGAUAUGCACUCUAUUGGUAUUCUCGCCAAUUGUUACUGUCAUUUGGGCCGUGUUGAUUUCGGCUUCUCUCUUCUCGCCAAAAGACUGAAGCUUGGAUACCCCCUUGAUCGUGAUUGUGUUAUCUUUACUACCUUAAUCAAUGGCUUUAUCCACUGUGAUAAGCUUCCUCAAGCUCUUCAAUUGCUAGAUCAAAUUGUUAAGCUAGGUUUCCAACCCGACAUUAUUACCUAUGGUGCUAUUUUCAAAGGCCUUUGUCAGAUUGGUGACAAUGCUGCUGCCCUUCACUUGCUUAAGAAGAUGCAAUCUAGUCCUUUUCAGCCUGGUCUUGUCAUAUAUAGCACCAUUAUUGAUAGUCUUUGUAAGGAUAGGCUGUUGAAAGAGGCCCUCGACUUGUUCACCGCCAUGAAAAGUGAGGGCAUUAUACCUGACGUUAUCACUUAUACCUCCUUAAUUAGAGGUCUCUACAACUCCGGCUCCAAGGUCGAGGCUAAAGAUAUGCUAGUUGAGAUGUUGGAGUGUAAUGUAGCACCAGAUGUUCCCACCUUCAGCAUGCUGGUUGACAUGUUAUGCAAAGAUGGGAAUGUUGAUGAAGCACAAGCUAUUCUAGACUAUAUGAUUGAGAGAGGUGAGGUGCCAGAUGUCAUUACUUACAGUUCUUUACUUGAUGGUUAUUGUUUGCGUGGUCAGAUGGAGGAUGCGGAAAAGCUACUUGAUCUCAUGGCCCAAAAUGGUUGUGAGCCUAAUAUUAUAAGUUUCAACACUAUGAUUAACGGAUAUUGCAAGGCUGGAAACAUUGACAAGGCACUCUACUUAUUCCAAGAAAUACUUGAGAAAGGGAUGACACCUAAUGUUGUUACCUAUAACACUCUCAUUGAUGGACUAUGCAAAGUUAAUCAACUCCCACUUGCGCGUAAAUUAUUCAAGGAUAUGCAAGGUCAUGAAUUUACUCCUAAUGUUGUGACAUAUGCUUCAUUGCUUGACAACUUAUGCAAAAAUGCGCUACUUGAUGAAGCAGUGGUGUUACUUGAAGAUAUGGAAUAUAAUGGUGUUAAGCCUAAUAUUGUCAUCUACAAUAUCCUAAUUGACAGUUUGUGUGAGGCUGGGCAACUUGAAGAUGCAGCCAAUUUCUUCUCCGAUCUUGUAUUGAAGGGUCUACAGCCUAAUGUUAAAACGUACAACAUAUUGAUCAAAGGUUUUUGCAAGAAAAGGCUCAUGAAUGAAGCUGUUGAAUUGUUGACAAUAAUGGAGGAAAUGGGUUGUUAUCCUAAUGAUCGUACCUAUAAUACAAUUAUCAGAGGAUAUAUUGUAAACAAUGACUUAUCAAAUGCAUUCUACUACUCUGACCUUAUGGUUAGCAAGGGAUAUGAAGCUGAAGCUGAUACUUUCUCGUUAUUUAUUGGCCUCUUGUCUUCUGAUAACUUAAGUGACUCGGCAAAAGAUCAGCUAAGGAAGUUCACCCAUGUGACUCUUACAACCUGUGAUAAUCUUCAGAAAAGGGGAGUCAUGGUUAAUGGUACAUGCCUAAUGUGUAACAGCAAAGUAGAAUCACCUGAACAGAUGAGGAAAACAAGUGACGAGGAAAGGCUGUUGUUUGAAGUGCUCCAGCACCUGCUGUAUCAUUGGGAAGAUGAUGAGUCAUUUCUUGUGUCAGAAGGAGUAUGGCUGAAUCUGCCGAGUACGGGAACCAAGUGUGUUUCUGAGGAGAUCCAGAACAACGUUGUUGUUGUUGCUGACUAUGUUGUUAUUGAUGAACAUGGUCAUGCUCCUCCCACUGUUUCUGCUAAGGUGACAUCUCCUUAUGGAAACACUCUCUACCACCAAGAAAAUGUGACUCAUGGUCAGUUUGCAUUGACAACUAGUGAAAUUGGCAACUACGUUGCCUGCUUUUGGGUUGAUGGUAAUCAUCAAUCUGCAACGCUCAAUCUUGAUUGGAAAAUUGGGAUUGCUGCCAAAGACUGGGAUUCAGUUGCGAAAAAAGAGCAUAUUGAGGGUGUUGAGCUUGAGCUCAGAAAACUUGAAGCAGCUGUGGAAGCAAUUCACGAGAAUUUACUAUAUUUGAAGAACAGAGAAGCAGGAAUGAGGGAAGUGAGCGAAAAAACCAACACUAGAGUUGCUCGGUUAAGUAUUAUGUCCCUUGGCGUGGGUAUUGUGGCUUCACUCUUACAGCUUAAUGACUUGUCAAAAACCCAUCUACUGGAGUUCAUCAAGAAUGACUUGAAUAGGAAAAAGAAGUGGUUAAUUAUGGCUAGACAUGGAGAUCUUGUAAAUCGAGAAUCCCGCUUUAUGUAUUGUGAUGAUCACAGUUCCAAAUGUCAUUACUUACAAUGCUUUACUGAUGGUUAUUGUUUGCGUGGUCAGAUGGAGGAUGCGGAAAAACUACUUGAUUUGAUGGCCAAGAAUGGUUGUGAGCCUGAUAUUGUAAGUUUCAACACUAUGAUUAAUGGAUACUGCAAGGCUAGAACCAUUGACAAGGCACUCAAUUUAUUCCAAGAAAUACUUCAAAAAGGAAUAAUGACACCUGAUGUUGUUACCUAUAACACUCUCAUUGAUGGACUAUGCAAAGUUAAUAGACUCCCACUUGUCCGUAAAUUGUUCAAGGUUAUGCAAGGUCAUGGAAUCUUUCCUGAUAUUGUUACAUAUGCUUCAUUGCUUGACAGCUUAUGCAAAAAUGCGCUACUUGAUGAGGCAAUAGAAUUACUUGAAGAUAUGGAAUAUAAUGGUGUUAAGCCUGAUAUUGUCAUCUACAAUAUCCUAAUUGACAGUUUGUGUGAGGCUGGGAAACUUGAAGAUGCUGCAAAAUUCUUCUCAGAUCUUGUAUUGAAGGGCCUACAGCCUGAUGUUAAAACAUACAACAUAUUGAUCAAAGGUUUUUGCAAGAAAAGGCUCAUGAAUGAAGCUGUUGAAUUGUUGACAAUAAUGGAGGAAAAUGAUUGUUAUCCUGAUGAUCGUACCUAUAAUACAAUUAUCAGAGGAUAUAUUGUCAACAAUGACUUAUCAAAUGCAUUCUACUACUCUGACCUUAUGGUUAGCAAGGGAUAUGAAGCUGAAGCUGAUACUUUGUCGUUAUUUAUUGGCCUCUUGUCUUCUGAUAAUUUAAGUGACUCGGCAAAGGACCAGAUAAGAAAAUUCAUCAGACGACUUGAAUAAAAACAAAACAGGAUAAUUAUGACUACAUUUUGGAGGUAUGAAAAAUUCGAGAAUUUUGCAAUUUCAUUAUUGUUGAGAUGUUCCUUUAUUGUGAUUAGUUAUUCUGAAAUGGUACGAGUAGGCUAUGCUUUAGUUUUUAUCAUAAUUCUGGGUCUUUUUAGUCUUUUUCAUAGUUCUAGUUGUCAUCUUUCUGGUAUCUGAUUUGUGUACCUUUUCUAGUGGCCCUUAUUGUUUUUAUCAAGCUAUUUCAACAUAUGAGCUUCUAAAAAGUGCUUUAUGUUAUUUAAAGUUGAUUUCCAUUUUGAAAUGUUGGGAUAAACUCCCAAAAUUCCUAAUAUUAAAUUAAUAUUAUUAGUGGUAAAGAAAUAAUAAUAAUAAUAAAAGAAGACGACAAAUGAAAAUAUGCUAAGUAAUGCAAGAUGUGGCAGUGGAAGAUCGGAGAUCCUUACCAUUAAGGCAAAGUUAUAAGUGGCUAAUGAAUUGGUCAGCUAGUUUCUUAUUGGAUGAUGUUAAAAAAGAAAAGCCCCCA